AGAGUCCUAUAAUCAGAGAGACGCGACCUUGUUCCUACUUUCUGAUUGGUGCCGCCAUGUUGAGCUCGCAAGGUUCACGUGACCCAUGUGUCGUGUUGUAAAUAAAUGCACAUUUGUAAUCACGAUGGUGAGGUACUGUGCAGCUAAAGGGUGUAACGUAAAAGAAAAACAAGGUAUAAUGUUAUUUCGAUUUCCCAAAGAACCAGAAAGACGUGCGAAAUGGAUUACAAUAGUAAACCGUGUGAAUUGGCAACCUUAUUCAAAUAGCACACUUUGCGAACUUCAUUUUGGCGAAGAUCAGUGGGAGCAGACGAGAGUCGAUGGUUCAAGAAAAUUACGGUAUUCAGCUAUUCCAUCACUAUUACUUUCAAAAGAAAACUCUUCGCCUGUCCCGUCCGUCUCUUUUAUUGAUAAACAUAACUACUGUUCCUUAUCCAGUGCUUCUGCAACUAUCUUUCGUCAAUCACAAAGUCCCUUAAAGGACAUUACUAAUGUAAUACAGUCGUCAGCAUCUUUAUCAGAUUUAAAGACCAUGGAAAAAGAAUUUGUGGAAGAGUCUGUGGAAAAAUCUGUGAAAGAAUCUGUGAUAGAACCUGUGGAAGAAUCUGUAAAAGAAAUUGUGGAUUUGAAACAGCAAUUAGAGUUAAAAGAAAAAGAAUUAGCUGCACUCCAGACAAAACAUAUUUCCAUGCAGAAAAUAGCAGAUAGAGUUUUCAAGAUUUACCACAAUAUCAAGAGGCAAAAUGAAACAAUGAAAACAAAACUUAAAAGACUUCAAUGUUCCUAUUGUCGCAGUUCUAAAUUAUUCGCUCCAAAAUUGCAUGAAGAUCAAUUGAAGGCUUUAUGUUCAAACACUACUAGAGGAAGAAAAUGGAGCAUUCAAAGCAUUACAGAUGGAUUAAUUUACAAGAUGAAAUGGGGCACACAAGGUUACUCGGACUUCGUUAAGAAAUAUCCUAUUUUUCCUUCAGUUAGAACACUUCAAGAAGCAGUUGAACAUAUGAAGUUUGAGUCAGGUAUUCUGGAAGAAGUAUUUGACGUAAUUCAGUGUCAAAUUCCACAUAUGACACUUCAUGAAAUACACUGCGUGGUAGUAUUGGAUGAAAUGGCUAUUAAGCCUGGUGAGAUGUAUGACUCUUCCACUAAAAGAAUCAUCGGAUUAUGUACGUUUCCUGGGCACAUCGGUCUUGCAAAGAAAGCAUUAGUCAUUGCAUUAGCAGGAAUCACUACUCGGUGGAAGUAUGCUGUAGCAUAUUAUUUAACAAACAAGGUUGAUUCUGAAGCAAAACAAACAAACUGUAAUUUUACAGGAAAUGCAUUAAAAGACAUAAUCAGUAAAGUCAUUGUGAAAGCAGAGAACAUCGGCUUGAAAGUUGCUGCUGUGAUUUCAGAUAUGGGAUCUGACAAUUUAUCUUUAUGGAGGGCUUGUAAUAUUGGAUAUCAAAAUGAUGAAGUGAGGUGCACCAUCCCUCAUCCAGCUCGACUACAAGACAAGUUAUGUAUUAUGCCUGAUCCUGUUCAUUUAUUUAAAAAUAUCCGUUCUAUGUUAGAAAGGCAGAAAGUGAUUUAUUUGCCUGAGUCAAUUUUACACUCUCUAGGUCUCAGUUAUCCUAUUGUAGAAGUUAAAUACUUAGAAGAAUUAAUGCGUCAUGAACAAAAGUUUGAAUUUAAGAUCAGCAAAUUCACAGAAUCCAGCCUUCAGACGAAGAAUAAUCACUUCUCCACGAUGAAAGUUUCUACACCAAGGUCUGUUAUUUGUCAAAAAACAGUAGUUGGCCUCAAUAUUUAUGCAAAGAUCUCAGAAAAUUCAAAAAUUGCUACUACAGCUUUCUUCAUUUCCCUUGUUGAUCGUUGGUUUGCUUUUGUCACUAACAGAAGUUUAAAGCUCGCUCUCAGUAAGAAAAAUGAAGAUAAUUAUAACAAAGCUAUUGAUCAUCUUAAAUUCACAGCCUAUGUAUUCCGAUAUAUGAAGAUUGGCACAAAAGGUCAUUGGAAACCGGUCCAGACAGGACUACUCAUGGUAGUUGAAUGCUUAUUGUUCCUGCAGAAUUAUUUCUUGAAUGAAGUUGGUCUUUCCUUUUUGUUACUAGGCCGCUUUACUCAAGAUUGCCUCGAAAAUCUAUUCUCUCUUCUGCGCUUCAGACAACCUGUUCCCUACGCUCUCCAUUUCAAACAAAAUUUGAAAAUGAUUACUUUGUCACAGUUAUCCAACAACACCAAAAAAAACACAAGCUAUUAUAAUGACGAUGAUACUAAAAAAAUCGAGCAUAAUUUCUUGGAGUUUUCUAAAGCUAUAGGAAUCUCACGACAGCAUGAGAAAGAUUUGAACGCAUUUUUCGAAACAUGUGCCAUUAAAAUCCCACAGGUGUCUGACAAUCAGAUGCACAGCAUUGAUGAAUGGGAGUGGCCAAUAAUAUAUGACAUAGCUGGAUCUGUUGUACGUAGUGUUAAAUGUAUAAACAUAAAAAUUUGCGAUGACUGCUUUAAAAGUGUUCUUUGGAACGGUAAAAAGUAUCAUCCUUAUUCCAUUAUUGUUCAAAUGAGAAGCUAUACAGAGAAUAGUCUUUUGCAUGUGUCAGAUCCCUGUUUUAAAGCCAUCAUGAAGUCUGAAAUUACUUUCCGCCAUCUGAAAGACACACUUACUAAAGCUAAAGAUAUGAACAUUGUGAACUUUGUAGUAAAAGAGCUAGAGUAUGUAUGGGAAGGAGCAAAUAUACCUCUCUGCCAUGAUAUUACUACCAAAAUCCUGAAGAGGUUUAUUACAAUGCGAUUGAAAAUGUAUGGAUUGAAAGAAAGAAAAAAACAUGCUGAAAUGAAUUUUGAACGUGUUUAUAACAGUAAGACUGCAGCCAGGUUUGCUAUCAUUUCCUGAUAUGAUCUCUUAUCUGUGCCAAAUUUAUGACUGGCUAUUUAUUUUAUAAUACAUAUAAACUGUUUAUAAAUUUUAAUUUAUAAUUACAAUUGUUAUAAAUUUACAAUUGUUGAUAAAUUUUUAGGUAAUUUAUAAGCUGUUAACGACUAAUGUAAAACAUAAAAUAAAGAACUUACUAUAAAACAUAAA